AGUAUCUGUAAGGGGGAAGGGGGAGUCCAGCCAGAGGCUAAAGGAAAAGAGCCCAUGGGGCUGGGGGGUUUUCUUCUCACUCGAUAAGCAGGGAUCCACGGAGCUGUUCCCAGUGCCUUCUUCCUUUGGGGAGCCUUCGGCCAGGUUGUGAGGUCCAUGGGAACGGGGACAGUGUAUCCUAGCUAAACUGGCUUCUUGGCAGUCCCAGCAGAGCACAGCGCAAGGAACAGACACUCACCUUGUGGACUCCCUACAUCCGUACAAGGCCAGGCCAUCUGGAGCAUGCUCUGUCUUGUCUUCGGUGAGAAGGCUUGAGGCUGUCAUGGCGCCUCUGGGGGAGGACACCCCCUUGAUUGAACAGCGGUCCUACAGUCUAUCUUCCAGUGAGGCUGGCUCUCUGCAAGUCUUCCUGUGUCCCCGAAACCCUGGGUCCCCACCGGUCCUCACCUUCUCCUUUGGGGAAUACUCCGCAGAGCAGCUCUGUGUGCAGGCUGCCAAGGCCUGUGGGAUACUGCCUGUAUGCCAUGCUCUCUUUGCUCUGGCCACUGAAGACCUGUCCUGCUGGUUCCCACCCAAUCACAUCUUCACAGUGGAAGAUUCUACCGUCCAAAUUCUUCUUUACAGGAUCCGCUUUUUCUUUCCAAACUGGCUCGGCCUGGAGAAGUAUUACCGCUUUGGGCUGCAGAGGGACAGAGCCAAUGCCAUCCUGGAUUUCCCAGUCCUCGAGUAUCUCUUUGCUCAGUCCCGAAGCGACUUCAUCAAUGGGAGGAUGAAUCUGACGCUGAGCCUCAAGGAGCAGGGAGAGUGCCUGAGCCUGGCAGUGUUGGAUCUGACCCGGAUGGCACAGGAGCGGGGCCUAUGCCCCAAGGAGAUCCUUAAGAAUGUCAGCUAUAAAUCCUGCAUCCCAGGAAGCUUCCGACGCUUGAUUCAGAGUCUCAACUUCGUGACUCGGAAACUUUAUCGUCGGAUGGUGAGUCGAGCCCUACGGAGAAUGGCUUCUUGCCAGGCAGAUGUGCACUCCAUCAUGCUUAAAUACCUCAUGGACCUGGAGAGUCUGAAAUCCAUCCCAGCUUCAGAGACCUUCGAAGGCUGGACGCCAGGGGCUGCAUCUGGCCAGGACCUCAACUGUCUCAUCCACGUGGCAGGAGACAGCGGCAUCUCCUGGACCCCUGCGGGCAGUGAGAGCCCACAGCCUUUCUGUGAUUUCCCUGAAAUUGUUGAUAUUGGCAUCAAGCAGGCCUGCAGGGAAGGUCACCUCAGUGAGAACCGGCUGGUCACUGUUACCAAGACUGACAACAGGAUCCUGGAAGUUGAAUUUCCAACUCUGAGGGAGGCGCUGUCCUUUAUCUCUCUGGUUGAUGGCUACUAUAGACUCACCACUGACGCCCACCACUACUUCUGCAAAGAGGUGGCCCCACCCCAACUCUUGGAGAACAUGGAGAACCUAUGCCACGGUCCCAUCACCUCCGAGUUUGCUGUGAACAAGCUGAAGAUGGGUGGGUCAGUUCCAGGAUCCUAUGUCCUUCGGCAAAGCCCCCAGGACUUCGACAGCUUCCUCCUCACUGUCUGUAUCCAGACACCCCUGGGCCCAGACUACAAGGGCUGCUUAAUCCACCGGGACCUUUCAGGAAACCUCUUCUUGUCUGGGCUGAGCCAGGCCCACAGCAGCCUGCGUCAGCUCCUGGCAUCCUGCUGGGGCUGCGGGCUCCUUGUAGAUGGGACCACUCUGAGCCUCAGUAGCUGCUGCCCCCCCAGGCCCAAAGAAAAGUCUAACCUGAUCAUAGUAAGGAGGGAUUGCAGCCAGUUGCCCCCAUCCCCAGCCCAGGCCUGGCCUCAGCCCCAGCGCCAACUCAGCCAAAUGAUGUUUCACAAAAUUCCUGCUGACAGCUUGGAGUGGCAUGAAAACCUGGGCCAUGGCUCCUUCACCAAGAUCUACCGCGGGAGCCGCCUGGACCAGGUGGAUGGGGAGAGCCACAAGAUAGAGGUUCUACUCAAAGUGAUGGACAGAGCACACCAGAACUGCAUCGAGUCCUUCCUGGAGGCUGCCAGCAUCAUGAGUCAAGUGUCCCACCAGCACUUGGUGCUGCUGCAUGGUGUCUGCAUGGCAGGAGACAGUAUCAUGGUACAGGAGUUUGUGAGAUGGGGGGCACUCGACACCCACUUACGGAAGUGCGGGCCCCUGGUACCUGCCAGUUGGAAGCUCCAAGUGGCCAAGCAACUUUCUUAUGCCCUCAACUAUCUGGAAGACAAAGCCAUCAUCCAUGGCAAUAUCUCCUCCAAGAAAGUCCUCCUAGCGAGGGAGGGGACUGGGGGGAGUCCCCCCUUCAUCAAGCUCAGCGACCCUGGGGUCAGUCCCACUGUGCUGACCGAAGAGAUGCUCACUGACCGGAUCCCGUGGGUGGCCCCCGAGUGUCUGUGGGAUGCCAAGCUGCUGAGCCUAGAGUCGGACAAGUGGAGCUUUGGGGCAACACUCUGGGAGAUAUUCAGUGGGGGCACCAUGCCCCUAAGUACCCUGGAGCCUGCCAAGAAACUCCAGUUCUACAAGGAGAAGCAGCAGCUACCAGCCCUUAAAUGGACGGAGCUAGCCACCCUGAUUGGCCAGUGCAUGGAGUACACCCCUCACCUGCGGCCCUCCUUCCGAGCCAUCAUCCGAGAUCUCAAUAGCCUCAUUACCUCAGAUUAUGAGCUCCUCUCAGAUCUCUCACCUAGCUCCAUGGCAGCCCGGGAUGGACUCUGGAGCAGCACUCACCUGAUGGCUGGCCAGGACCCCACCCUCUUUGAGGAGAGACACCUUAAAUAUAUCUCCCUGCUGGGCAAGGGCAACUUUGGCAGCGUGGAAUUGUGCCGCUAUGACCCACUGGGAGAUAACACUGGCGCGCUGGUGGCCGUCAAGCAGCUACAGAACAGUGGGCCCCAGCAGCUUCGGGACUUCCAGCGAGAGGUGCAGAUUCUGAAAGCGUUGCACAGCGACUUCAUAGUCAAAUACAGAGGCGUCUGCUACGGCCCGGGCCGACAGAGUCUGCGCCUUGUUAUGGAAUACCUCCCCAACGGUUGCCUCCGAGACUACCUGCAGCGUCACCGGGCCCACCUAGACCCCUGCUUCCUCCUCCUCUAUGCUUCCCAGAUCUGCAAGGGAAUGGAGUACCUGGGCUCUCAGAGGUAUGUUCACAGAGACUUAGCCAACAGGAACAUCUUGGUGGAGAGCGAGAGCCACGUGAAGAUCGGAGACUUUGGUCUGGCCAAACUUCUUCCCCAGGACAAAGAAUACUAUGUAGUCAGGGAGCCUGGACAGAGCCCCAUCUUCUGGUAUGCCCCAGAGUCCUUGUCAGACAACAUCUUCUCAAGGGAGUCUGAUGUUUGGAGUUUUGGUGUGGUCCUCUAUGAGCUUUAUACCUAUAGUGACAAAGCCCACAGCCCUUCAGAGGAGUUUUUCCGAAUGAUGGCUUGUGACCGCUCCAUGCCCAUCCUCUGCCACCUCUUGGAGCUGCUCACAGAGGGCAGAAGGCUGCCCACUCCUCCUGGCUGCCCAGGAGAGGUUCAAGAGAUCAUGAGGAACUGUUGGGCCUACAACCCCAAGGAACGGCCCUCCUUCUGUGCCAUGGGUCCCUGGCUUGAUGCUUUGUGGGCUGGGCGCAGAGCGUAGCAGCUGGCGGUGGUACGGGGACAUUGGAGAAGAGUCCUCCAUUUAGGAACUGUAGGGCCUGGGUUCAAAUUCUGACUUUGCUACAGAUUUACUAUGGGACCUUGGGCAAGUUUCCCUUAAGCUCAGUUUCUCCAUUGGUUUAGUUGACUCAAAGUUCUUUUCUAACUCUCAAGUCAAAUAGUUAUAAGAAGAGAAAGGCCUCCUUCCCUCUCUUCCUUUCCUUUUGCAGAAGGGCAAGGUUGAUUGUCCCUAACUCUCAGAUGGAGAAAAGGGACACAGGAACCCAAGAUGGGCCAUGGACAGGCCAGAAGAGGGGAGCUCAUGUGUUUGCUUCUUGGGGAGAUUCCUUACUUUCUACUAGACCUGGAAGUAGGGAAGAGGGAACCAUGUUUGUGCAGUCCCCAGGCCCCACCCUACCCCACCUCCCUUGCUCCAGGGCACUGCCACUCACAAGCCCACCUUCCUCAAACGGCUUUGCCAAUAUCGAAGGAGACUAAAACAACAUUUAACUAGAAUACAGAAUCACUGAAUUAUGGAGUCUGGGUCUGCUUUUGAAACACUCUAAUUCUGGUCUGGGUCUUCAGCCCUCGUACUUACUUGAUUGGAUGGCCACCACAUGUCCCCAGAAAAUUUUCCCCCAGCCAUGCUUACCUUAAAUACACCUAAUAUCUCCUAGCCACCCUCCACUCCCUACACGCCUUGCCAGUGAUGAGGAUAGAUCUUUGUAGCUUGGUCAGCAUCCAAACUGUUUUAAAGUAGGCUGCCUUGAAAGGUAAUGAGUUCCCCAUCAACACAAUUCUCUGAAGUGGCCAAUAGACAGAUGACAAUGAUAUGUCUGGUAUGUUUUAGAGGUCAUUUAUUCUGUAAGAGUUGGUUAAAUGAUCUCUAAGUUGCCUCUGAGAUCUUGUAAGAGUGAUGAACAGCCACCGGGUAAGUUUAUAGAAACCUCCCUUUUUAUAUAACAGGAACCUUGGGGAGGGAGGUGACCAGAGCCUUGGACUAGGAGUUAGGAAGCUUAAACUUCAAUCCUCUGCUUACUUACUAGUUGUGUGACCUCCAGCAAGUUAGCUCCCUUCCCAGAGAUACUAAAAAGUGGCCUAUUUGUUACUCCAUGUCCAUUCUUCCUCCUGUCCCCAGGACUCAGCUGUGCCUUCUGCCCAGAACACCCUCUUUUCUACUAGGUCCCCUCAACAAGCCUCCAGAGGAUACACCCAUGCCCUGCCUAACUCACAAGGAGGGAGGGCUGCAGAAAUGGGAGCUAAUGAUUGCCGUUUUACUCUCAACCUGCUACCUGGGGAGCAGGAGCCCUAGGGAGAAGGAGGCCACAGUGAGGUCUAGAGAUCGAGGGUCACAUUCCCUGGUCCUGUGGACAAAGCCAGUGAGAUAAAAGGACCCGUUUCUAAGGGCCAGGAAUCUGGAGAAGAGAUGGGCGGUGGCCGUGUGGAGCAUUGUCCCCUGUGGGAGACUCACCCCAGGACCCUCCAGGGGGAGGAAGUGCACCCUCCCUUUCCCUCCCCCUCCCCCCUUGAGGGUCCGAUGACAGAAGAUACUAAACAAACAUCCCCUGAGCCUCUAACAGGUCUGACAAGAGGCUGUUCAAAGACCUGUGUGCAUUGUGAGGGGAUAAAGCCGUUAAAAAACAAAAAAGAAGCUGAAGAUAUUUCCAAAGGUUUUCUUUACCUUGGGAGGGAGCCCCGGAUGAAAUUUCAAUGACUAACAAUAAGCAGAAGGCACGGGGUACACCUCCGGAGUUAC